UAUUUGAGGUUCUAAUCAUGUGAAAUCUGCCAUUCAACCUGAGAAUAGUCUUGACUCUUUUUUAUGUUCAUUUCGUCUCCAUUGAAGGCUCGAAGAUAACGUCUUUAACUAGAAUUCUCAAAAAGUUUUCCCGGAUUCUGCUCCAAAACCCUCGCAACCAGUACGAAAUACUCUCGUUUUCUGGAGGACAUGCUCUAAUUCCUUUCCGCAUCUUCUCUCGCACGUACGUCUUUCUAGUCGAUUGGCCUCCUAGUUCUCCGGGAUAGAUAGAUGGGUACGGUACGUGGAAGCAAAUGUUCAUGGUGUUCCACGAUUGGAUUACUAGCCUUUGCGUCGGUAUUUGCGUCGUGGCCAUUUACUGUAAACUCUACUGUUUUGGUUUCCGAGAAGGAACUGUCUAAUCCCGAACACGGUAGAAGGAAUCUACACGACAUAGGGGGCUCCAUUAACAUCGACUGUGGUAUCCCGAAAGAUUCCAGCUACACUGAUGAAAAAACCAAGUUACAUUAUGCUUCAGAUGCAGAAUUCAUCGACAGUGGAGAGAAUAAGAAGAUAUCUUCCGAAUUCAAAACAGAAACCCUUCAGACAUCUCUUUUGAAUGUGAGAAGUUUUCCUCAGGGGAACAGAAGUUGCUACACUCUAAAACCUGCAGAAGGUAAGGGUACAAACUAUUUCAUCAGGGCCACCUUCAUGUACGGAAAUUACGAUGAGCAGAACCAGUUGCCAAAGUUCGGUCUAUAUGUAGGAGUUAAUGAAUGGGAUACAAUAAAGUUUGAGAACGCAUCUCAUGUUGUGAUCAAGGAGAUUAUACAUGCUGCAGUGACGGAUGAUGUAUAUGUUUGUCUCCGAAAUACUGGGUCAGGAACUCCUUUCAUAUCGACACUAGAGCUGAGGCAUUUCGAUGAGGAAAGUUAUAACCAAACUGAAUCCACAGCUUUACUUCUGUACAGGCGUUAUGAUAUCGGCUCAACAACAGGUCAAAUAAUCCGGUUCAAAGACGAUGCUUAUGAUCGAAUGUGGUUUCCUUAUAACCUGCCUCAAUCUAGACCAAUCAACACCUCCUUGGAUAUUGACGCCCUUAAACGAACUGAAUAUGAACUGCCGUCAAUGGUCAUGAGAACUGCUGUCGUCCCAGAAAAUGCCAAUGACACCCUCCAUUUUGAAUUGGAUGCUGUUGAUCCCAUUUUAACUUUUUACCCCUUCCUGCACUUUGCUGAACUUGAAAUCCUCAAAAGCAACGAGAGUAGAGAAUUUAACAUUGAUAUAAACGGCAAGCUCUGGUUCAAAGGUUUAGUUCCCAAGUACCUGUCCUCAGAAACUAAAAGUGGACGCGAUCCAGUGAGGGGACCUAACCUCAAUUUCAGUCUUUCUAAGACCCAAAGCUCUACCCAUCCUCCCAUUCUCAACGCAAUGGAGGUUUACAUAGUAAAAGAUUUCUUAAAUAUGCCAACACACCAAGACGAAGUUGAUGCUAUCAUGGAAAUAAAAAAUCAGUAUCGGGUGUCUAAAUUUUGGGAAGGAGAUCCAUGUCUGCCACUACCUGCUUGGGAUGGCCUGCAGUGCAGCGACAAUGGUUAUAAACCCCGCAACAUUACUGCCUUGAAUCUAUCCUCAAGUGGACUGACAGGAACGAUUCCUACUUCAAUUGGCCGGCUUAAAUCACUUCAGUACCUGGAUUUAUCCAACAAUAGCUUAACGGGAACACUACCUAAAUUUUUGUUACAAUUGCCAGACUUGAGGGCUGUGGAUUUGUCCGGAAACAAACUCUCUGGUUCAGUUCCUUCUGCUUUCAGUGCAAGCAUAGGAGAUGGAACUCUAAGUGUGGAUGGAAAUCCGGAUCUCUGUGUGACGGGUCCAUGCAAAAAGGAGGAGAAGAAGAAGAAUCUUGCCGUCCCGAUAAUCGCAGCCGUUGUUUCAUCAGUUGUAGUAUUGAGUGUACUGGCUAUUCUGUGGAGCUACAGAAGAAAACAAGUUGCAAAGCAAGUUGCUAGAACUCACCUGAAGGGAUCCGGGUCAUUGAAGCUAGACAAUCGCCAUUUUACAUACAAUGAGGUUUUAAGCAUAACCAAUAACUUUCAGACAAUUAUUGGGAAAGGAGGAUUUGGAACAGUAUACCAUGGACUCUUAAGUGACGGCACCCAAGUUGCAGUCAAGAUGCUCUCUCCAUCAUCAACUCAAGGCUCUGAUGAGUUUCUCACAGAGGUACAGCUCUUGAUGCGAGUUCAUCAUAGAAACUUGGUUUCCUUUACUGCAUAUUGCAAUGAGGGCACAAACAUCGGGAUCAUCUAUGAGUACAUGGCACGUGGGAAUUUAGCAGAGUACCUAUCAGAUAGAAGGAAAGAUACUUUGACUUGGAAAGCGAGGCUCCAGAUUGCAGUUGAUGCAGCUCAAGGACUGGAGUACUUGCACCAUGGUUGCAAACCACCCAUAAUUCACAGAGAUGUGAAGACUACCAACAUUUUGUUAAAUGAAAAAAUGCAGGCCAAAAUAGCUGAUUUUGGGUUAUCAAAAUGCUUCCAGGUUGAAAAUCAAAGUCAAAGUCAUUUGUUGACUACAGUCGUUGGUACGCUGGGUUACCUUGAUCCAGAAUACUACAACUGCAACAGGUUAACUGAGAGAAGUGAUGUUUUCAGUUUUGGAGUUGUGCUAUUGGAAAUAAUCACAGGCCGGCCAGCAGUAAUAAAAAGCGAAGGGAAUGCUCAUAUUAUUCAAUGGGUUAGUGCCUUUCUCGAAAGAGGGGAUAUUAGAGGAAUUGUUGAUCCUAGGUUGCAAGGCAAUUUUAACAUCAAUUCUGGUUGGAAGGCCGUGGAGACGGCAAUGGCAUGCGUGCCAUUGAAUUCUAACCAAAGGCCAACCAUGAGUCACGUGCUGAUGGAAUUGAAGGAGUGCUUGGAAAUUGAGCUUGCUCAUGAACAAAGUCUCGAAAUGCAGGGUGUACUAAUGGAAUCCAGGAAUACAUUCGAAAUGAGUCCUUUGGGUAGUGAGAUUGAAACGAUGCCCCUGGCAAGGUAGUGCCUAGCCGAUGAUGAACAGUUCUUGAAUUUACCAUAAAGAAUGUUAAAUUUUCUAGACCGAAUCUUGUUGAUCAUUGUGAAUCUAAUAUUUAUACCUACUUUCAUUUGAAUGAAAAGUUGAGUUAUGAAAUCUGUAGAUCUUAACGGGUCUGUAACUUGUAAAACUGUAUUGUCUGUCAUAUCAGGUUUGGGAUUGAAAUCUAUAUAUUUGAGGCUCUUUCCAUA